GCAGAGCAGGGCUGGUGCUGAGGGAAGACUAACCCGGUCUGUUCUCAGCUUGAGCGCAGGCAUGGGGACCUUUAGAAGCGCCUGUCUGGACUGUUUCGACAGUAAAGAGCACUGCUAUGAGAUUGGACCCACGAACUUGCUGGAGCGGAAAGGCUCCCUAACCCUCCGCUCUCAGCACAAGAAAUACUCGAGGCCAGUGUUGGUGUAUUCCUGGCACCGUGACAGAGAAGCUUUUCCCAAAGAUUAUGACAUAGAGGGUCCUGAGACAGUGAAAAAACUGUGUAAUUCAACGUAUUGGCGACUUGGAACUGACUGUCCAACCUGUGUAUCAGAAACACAUGAACAGAUGUCCCAAGUUUUCUUAAACAAAGACUUUGUGCAAAGAAAGAAAAAGGCCUUGAUAAACGCAGAAACAAUAUGUCCUGGGAUUUUGGAAAGGGAUCCUGAAUUGCCUCCCACAGGCUUUCGGCAUGUUUUUAUGGGAUCCCCACCAGAUCAGAGAAAACCGUGUGCUUUAACAACGUACUCUGAAGACUAUACUCCACAGUAUAAUUAUCCACCACCUGCUUGCCCACGUCGAGAUGAGUACUCCAUAGUCUACAGGAAGUGCCGUUCACAGUUCACAGACCUAAAUGGCUCCAAGAGAUUUGGCAUCAACACAUGGCAUGAUGAGAGUGGGAUUUAUGCUAAUUCAGAGGCCAAGCAAAAACUCUAGUCAUUAGCGGGCAAUCCUAUUGUCCCACGUUAAAAGCAAUAUGUAUGCAAUCAGACUCUCAGGUUAAUGAAAAAUAACAAAUGUAGCAGUAAUAAUUUCCUUUAAUAAAUACAAAGUCUCCUGAUCCAA